AUGGCCAAGCUCUGUCAGCAUUUACCAGCCUUCCUCUUCCUAUUCUGUGUUGCUUCUCUGAAUGUUUCAUCGCAUGCAGGAAACCUUAGCUUUGCGUUUCCUCCUCUCACAGAUAUAAAACUUGAAAAUGACGCCUAUGCUCAGAGAGACAAGCUACAGCUCACUAGAAACGAAGCAUCAGGAGACUUAUACAAUAGCUCUGGCUGGGUGGUUUAUAACAAAUCUAUUCCUUUAUGGGACAACUCCUCUCGAGCUCUGUCAAAAUUUUCUACCCAUUUCCAAUUCAUCAUCGGCAAGAGCAAUGAUAAUCAAAACGAUUAUGGAGACGGACUAGCUUUCUUCUUGGCGCCUUUCGAGUUGGAGCCACCAGAGAACCCUUACGGCGGAGGUCUCGGCUUGUUUAACGCCACAACUUUUGGUGGAUCAUUCUACCAGAUGGUUGCUGUGGAAUUUGACACUUACAUGAAUGGUUGGGAUCCUGAUGACAACCAUGUGGGGAUCAACGUCAACAGCAUUUUCUCAAAGGUCUAUGUUUCGCUCAGCAACAUCACCAUAAUCUCUCGCUCUUCUGCCCAAAAUCUCAAGAACGGAGAACGAUGGGAUGCGUGGGUGGAUUAUGAUGGAGGAGAAAAGAGGAUGCAAGUCUUUCUCUUGUAUAAUUCCACCAACACUAAUUUUUCUAAGCCCAAAAGCCCUCUGCUUUCCUAUGAUAUAGAUCUUCGGGACUUUCUUCCAGAAAACGUCGAGAUUGGCCUCUCGGCUUCCACUGGAGACUCAACAGAGACGCACACUGUAAUAUCUUGGAAUUUUUCAUGUGAAUAUUCGUGGGAAAUUUCACCUGCUGCUUCUCCAAAAACAGAGAACAUCUCCAUUGGAAAGGACAAGGAAAAAAUCAAUUCUCAUAAAGCUUUUUUGAUAUCGCUGUUCUGCAUUCUCGUAGCCAUAUGCGGUUUCGUAUUCCUUGGCUGGCGCUGGAACUUGAGAUAUAGCAAACGCGGUGGUGAGGCGAGAGAAGAAAUUGAUGUGGAGCUCGACGAAUGGUUAUCUCAGGGCCCUCGAAGAUUCUCCUAUGCCGAGCUCAGUGCUGCGACAAGAAACUUCUGCGAAGAUGAAAAACUUGGGCAAGGUGGCUUCGGUAGCGUCUACAGAGGCGUCCUGCCCGGAACAAUGGAGGCGGUGGCUGUAAAGAGAAUAUCCCAAGGCUCGAACCAAGGAAGAAAAGAGUAUGUUAGUGAGGUUACCAUAAUCAACAAGCUCAGACACCGUAACCUUGUGCAGCUUUUAGGAUGGUGCCAUGAAAAAGGUGAGUUACUACUGGUCUACGAAUACCUGUCAAACGGGAGUCUAGAUAAAUAUAUUUUUGGGAAGGAGAAGGAUACUCUGCCUUGGCACUUAAGAUAUAGUAUUGCAUGUGACAUAGCGUGUGCUCUUGUUUAUCUUCACGAAGAAUGGGUCCAGCAGGUUGUUCACAGAGACGUCAAGGCAAGCAACAUAAUGUUGGAUUCCGAUUUCAACGCCAAGCUGGGGGAUUUUGGUUUGGCAAGAGUGGUCGAGCGUGAUCAGACAGCUUCUCAUACGACCGUGGUAGCCGGCACGUUGGGGUAUUUAGCUCCCGAGUGCGUCAUAACGGGAAAGGCAAGCCCAGAAGCGGAUGUGUACAGCUUUGGGGCGGUUACUCUUGAAAUCGCCUGCGGAAGGCGACCAGUUGACCACAGACUUCGUGAUCAUAAUGACAGACUGGUAGAAUGGGUUUGGGAUCUGUAUGGAGAGGGAAAGCUCUUGCAUGCGGGAGAUGAAAAAUUGGGUGGAAAUUUCAAUGCUGAGGAAAUGGAGCGACUGAUGCUGGUGGGGCUUCUGUGCUCUCAUCCAGACCCCACAUCAAGGCCCACAAUGAGAGAGGUGAUGAAGAUAUUGAAAUGGGGAGCUGAAUUGCCAUAUGUUCCUCUGGAUUUACCAGUUGCUGUGUACAACCAGCCUAUUCGUCGUGAUGUAACGUCAGCCUCCAUAGGUAUCGGUGAUCCGUCUAUGUCGUCAAGCUCCUCGGUAGUGAAGACAUCUGUUCUCUCGUUUUCUACGUCCUCAACUAGCUCCUUAAAAAUGUCAAGCCCUUUAUUGUUUCAGAGAGACACCCCACAAACUUGA